UUCUCAUCAUUAUCAGUAAAUAAACUAAUUUCAAAGCGCAAAUGCUUAGUUGCAAAAUGAAGCUCAUCAUCGUUCUCGGAGUUUUGGCUGCUGUCUGCUGUGCAACCACUUUCGCUAGGCCUGAGUACUUGGAGCUGGAAGGAUUGGAGCAAUUGGAAAAUGCAGAACCUAGCUCCAAUGUAGAAGUUAGAGAAUUGGUGAGACACAAACGGCUAAGCUGCUGGUUCGAAAAUGAGGACAUAAAGGCCACAGCCUGCGCAAUGAGCUGUAUAUAUCGAAAGGGACGAAAAGGUGGACGAUGUGAAAAUGGAAUAUGUAGAUGUACCCCCAAUUAAUUAUCUGCAAUUGUGACUGACUGUGUUGUUGAAAAGAUUAUGUUUACUUAAAUAAAUUAUUAUUCAAACUUUCAAAUCA